AGCUGUAAUGCUGAUGACCAGUAUCACAUUCCGAAGGCGAUGGCUUUUACAAAAUUUUGACUACAAGUCCGUAAUGCACUGGCAUUCAAAUUAAUUGACGGAAACCUACGCUGGCAGCUGCCCCGACGAUGCUCCUAGCAGAAUUACUACCUCUGACGGACUAAACAGAUCGAGCGUUGGGUCCAAAAGGCAAUGCCAGGAGCUCUACUUAAACCAAGGGAUGUGUUGUGUCUUGCUCAUUGUCCUCCUCCAAUCGGCUUAAGCAUUGGGUCAUGUUCCUAUAUUAUGUGUUCAUGUGCUUUCUGGCAAGCCUCCAGAGUUAUGCCGUGACUAUUGGCCCAGUUUCUGAACUCGUCGUUGCCAAUGGCAAUGUAUCUCCAGAUGGGUUCCUCAAAUCGGCGGUUCUUGCUGGCGGUACUCAUCCCGGGCCUAUUAUCAUGGCUCAGAAGGGAAAUAACUUCAAGAUCAACGUCACGAACCAGUUGAGUGACGAGACGAUGCUCACGAGUACCAGCAUCCAUUGGCAUGGAAUAUUCCAACAUCAUAGCAACCAAAUGGACGGCGUAGCAUUUGUUACGCAAUGCCCAAUCGCCCCAGGUCACUCUUUUCUCUACGAGUUCAAUGCUGGUGAACAAGUAGGAACCUACUGGUACCACUCUCAUUAUGGAGUCCAAUACUGCGAUGGUCUACGAGGUCCAUUAAUAAUUUACGACCCCAAUGAUCCAUACCGUUCCUUGUACGAUAUUGAUGAUGAGUCUACCGUCAUUACGUUGAUGGACUGGUAUCAUAUACCAUCCCCUCAAGUACAGAGACAAGUGACUGCCGACUCGGUGCUUAUCAACGGUGUCGGGCGUUAUGACGGAGGGCCGGAUGUGCCUUACGCUGUCAUCAACGUUCAGCCGGGCAAGCGAUAUCGUUUCCGCUUACUGAACAUGGCGUGCAAGCCCAACUACAUCUUCUCGAUCGAUGGCCAUAAUCUUACCAUAAUUGAAGUUGAUGGCCAAUACGUCAACCCGCUCGUGGUCGAUUCUAUCCAGAUCUACGCUGCACAGCGAUACUCAUUCAUUCUUGAGACAAACCAGCCUGUUGACAACUACUGGAUACAUGUUAAUCCUGACGCAGGUACAAACUCCACAGCCAUCUUACGAUAUGCAGGUUCUCCCGACGUGGAUCCCAAGAACCGAACAAUUUCAAGCUCAGCGGCUCUGAAUGAGACUUACCUACACCCCCUUAAUCUGCCUUCGUCGCGUUUGCUGCAGGAACCAGAUGUCAAACUUGACCUUGUGCUUGGAAAAAACCUGUCCAAUUUCAACUUCCUCAUUAAUAACGUCCAGUACACUUCUCCUAGUGUCCCUGUUCUACUACAGUUACUGAGCGGUGCCAUGACGGCUGCGGACCUGGCACCCAAUGGGACGGUAUAUACUCUGCCUCGGAACAAGGUCAUUGAGGUUUCCUUCAAUACCGAUAAUUCCCCAGGCGGCCCUCAUCCGUUCCACCUGCAUGGGCACAGCUUCGCUGUCACCAGAAGCGCUGGGAGUAGUGGGUACAACUAUGUCAAUCCUGUCAUGCGCGAUACCGUGAGCGUCGGCAACCCCGGUGAUUCUGUGACUUUCCGCUUCAUCACCGACAAUCCUGGGCCUUGGUUGCUGCACUGUCACAUUGAUUGGCAUCUUUACACUGGAUUGGCUUUGGUAUUUGCAGAGGCUCCUGAAGAUGUGGCGGCUUCCCAGCCUCUCAAUAAUGCUUCGAAGCAGCUCUGUCCGAUAUAUGACAGCAUUCCCCAACAAUAUUUCCCUCUCCCUCCAGUUGAUUGAUAUUAUCGGUCUCGGUUUCUUACAAACAAUUCUUCUCUUCAAACAGGAACUUGUAUAAUUCGCUACUCGUGAUAGAGAGAACUGCCCUGUGUGUACCCUA